GGACGAUGUUGUUUGUUAGCAACAGUCGCUGUGGUCUGUGAUGCUUUUGAAUCGAUUGAAUAAUGUUUGCUCAUGCUGAUGAGACGGCUGCUGAUAUUCCUGUGAAAGACAUAACUGUCAACACAAAUGGAGCAGGAGCCACAUUAUCAGAGGCUCUAUUGUCUCAGAAUGUCAGAGAGAGACAGAAUGUGUCCAAGUUCAGCAGGGAGGAGCUGGAGGACAAAUAUUUGCGUCUGCAGGAGGAAAUCCUUAUACUUAAACAACACGCAUGCAAACAAGAAGACAAGAUCCGAAGGAUGGCCACCAAGUUGAUUCGUCUGGUGAAGGACCGCAAGCAGGGCGAGCGGGUGGCGUCUGGGGGUCGUGUAGCAGGUGUUCGUGAUGUUGAGAGUGAGGAGAUGAUUGAGGAGCUGCAGGAGAAGGUUCAGGAGCUGGAGAAACAGAAUGAAGGGCUCAAACGGCGUCUGCUGACAGCUAAACACCAGUUACAGGUGCAAACCCGCAGACACACUCCAUACAGCCACAUACAGCCACGCAUCAACUCAGGCCUGCGCGGACUCAGAGACGACACACCCAUGACACCAUCAAGACCACACACCCCCAAAACAGGUAUGAGGCUCGUUGACGGGGACAUAAGUGCAAAACCACCCCAGGGUUUGUUGCCCCGCUAUGGACAAAGUCUGCUGGAUGAGGCCCGUGCUGAAAUCCGCAAUCUGGAGAAUGUAAUUGAGAGUCAGCGAGCUCAGAUGGAGGAGAUGGAGCGAUCAGUGGAGAUGUUGAGGGAUCAGCUGAAGAGGAAAGAGAGAGAUUUUGAGGACUCAUACCUUCAGAUGAGAGAACAGCAGGCCAGUGGACAGAGGUUGACUAUAAAGGAUAAUGUGGAGAUGAUAAAACUACAGAAGCAGCUGGCAGAGAAAGCAAACACACUCACAGUGCUGGAGGGAAGAUUUCUGCAGCAACAAGAGAGUAUGAAGACUCUGAAGGCCAGUCAUGAUGCAGCAUUGAUGAAGGUGGAUGAGGUGAGCGGACAGCUAAAGGAGGAGAGACUGAAGACUUUACAUCUGCAGACACAGCUUCAGUCCAGAGCUCUGGAGCAGAGACACACUCAAGAGUUACAAGAACAAAUCCAAGACUUAGAGAAGGAGAGAGAUUUGCUCAAAGAAAACUGUGAUAAAUUUGUUAAAAGUGCGUUUGAUGUGAGUCUGGAGCAGAAAUGGAAGUCGAGAGAAAAGCAGCUCCAACUGCAGAUUGCUCAACUGGAGAUGGCUUUAAAAUCUGACCUUACCGAUAAAAACCAGAUACUGGAUAAGAUCAAGGCAGAGAGAGAUUUGAAUGAAAAUUUGAUGCAAGAAAACAAACAGCUUCAGUUGCAUUUUCUCGAGCAGAAACAACAACUGGAUGAAAUUAAAGACCGCAUGAAGUUCUUUACCAAGGAAAGUGAAAUAGACGCUGCUGAACUCAGUGAAGCUCUGAUGCUCAUAAAGGUACGCAGGAGUCAGAAGAGUGGAGAUCUGGGUUUCCUAGAGAAGGUUGAAGAGGGAUUGAAGGAGGAUAUGGAACGUUCACUGAGGGAACUGCAGGCCACUCAUGCUGAGACUGUCCAAGAGCUGGAGAAGACUAGAAACAUGCUCAUCAUCCAACACAAGAUCAAUAAAGACUAUCAGGCUGAGGUUGAAACAGUCACUCGUAAGAUGGACGAGCUGAAACUUGAACAAGAACUGAAAUCUGAGAAACUGGCUCAACUUCUGGACAUGAGAGCUGCCAAGAUAAUGAAACUAGAAGCCCAGCUCAAAGACAUUGCCUAUGGGACCAAGACCCACGUUUUCCAUCCUGAUGUAACCAAUGAGGACAUUACAGAUGAGUUUGAUGAAAUGCUUCACCUGGCUCGAGGAGAGAACCUUCUAGAAAUCCACCUAGGAAGAGCUCAGUUCUCACCUGAAGCUGUAAAGAGUCUAAAGGACGAAGAUCCCUCCACCUUUUGCACAUACGCCUUCUAUGACUUUGAGCUGCAGUCCACAGCUGUGGUGCGAGGUGCUCAUCCAGUGUACAGCUUCACAUCUCAGUAUCACGUGAGAGUGGACGAAUUCUUCUUGAACUAUCUACACACCAGCUCUGUUACUGUGGAGAUUCAGCUCGCAGAGGGCUUGAGCUUCCGUACGGUUGCUGCUGGUCAGCUCAGGUUAAAUCAGCUGCUGGAACAAGAUGGGAAGGUGUUUGGCACAAUAAAAUUAGUAGGUGUUUCAGAGGAAAUCCAGGUGUUUGGUACUCUAGAGUACUGGCUCAAACUCAGGGUUCCUAUGGAACAGGCCAUUCGCCUUUAUAAAGAGAGAGUCAAAGCACUUGGAUACAUCAACACAGGCAUGAAGCACAGCCAGGUUUUAUCGGCUCCUGUCCCCAGUUCUUCAUUAUUGAUGGAUGGGGAUCUAAAUGAGCUAAAUGUCACCAUACACUCCUGCUGUAAUCUCAGAUCUAAAGGUCCACACAUUCAACCCAGCCCGUACAUCAUCUACAAACUCUACGACUUCCCUGAUCACGACACACCAAUUAUAUCCUCCACCAAUGAUCCGCAGUUUGAAGAUCACAUGGUCUUCCCUUUGGCCAUGAACUCAGAGCUUGAUGCAUUCCUGAGGUCAGAGGUUCUGGUGCUGUAUGUGUUUGAUGAUCUAGAUGUUGAGGAUCAGAUGUAUCUGGGUAAGGCCAGAGUACCCCUCAUCUCACUGGCCCACGAUAAGAACAUCACUGGAAUGUUUGAGCUGACAGAUCCCGCAGGGCUGCCCAGCGGCCAAAUCAAUGUGACGCUGAAAUGGAAGUUGACAUACCUCCCUCCUGUGUCCUCUGCUAUCACAACCCAACAGAGCAACAUCACCAGCAGAGGGACACCAGAGAGACAGACAUCACAAGAGAAGGACACAACAGAGAGACAGACACAACCGAUGACCAAAGACCCUCCACUAAUACCUCAGCCUACUCCCUCUGAGGUGCCGAUGCCCAAACCCAGACAGCGGACACUGACGAAAUUAACAACAAAAAGAGUUUCUUUUGUGGAGGUCUCAGAACUUAAAAAACAGAUGGAGCCGACUGCAGCCUCUGAUGAUCCUGAAGAUGAAGAAACAAGGUCAUCUGUAACCCCUGCACCAAAGACUGUGAGAGUGAUGGAGGCCGGACAGUCUGCUGCUGUGAGUGAGGAAGAUGAUGAGGAAGAGUCUCAGUUCUCUGAAGGUCAGGUGAUCACCACUACCACCACCUCUCAGUCUGAUGAGUCCGACAUCUCUGAGGAACUGCAAGAACCACUAACAGAUGUACAGGAUGAAGACAGUGAUGACUGCAUUGUCCCGGCUCACAGCACACAGCAGAAAAAACAGCCAUCUGAAAGCAUUCGUGUGGAGAUCGUUUCUCUGAGUCUGAAGCCUGGAUCCAGAGCGGCAGAAGACAGUGGAAUUGUUCGUCUGUUUGUGGAGUACUGCUUCCUCAACCUUCCGUCAGUUGAGACGCCACUGUCACUGAAGAAACCUCUGCCUGGACACAACGUCUCCUUCAACUUCAGCAAUGUGAUUCAUGUGGAUAUGGAGAAUAAUCAAGCCAGACGUCAAACUUUAAGAGCCGUGCUGGAGGGCAGAAACAGACAGCUGGAGCAUAUAAAGUUCACUGUUGUGAGUGACCCUCCAGAAGAGGAGGAGCAAGAGGAGGAGUGUGAGGAUGUGGGCAUGGCCUAUCUGCGGAUCAUCGACAUCCUGGAGAAACGCAGAGACAUGAAGGACGUCAGUCUGAACAUUGUGGAUGUUCAGGACAGUAGUGAAGUCAUAGGCCAUCUAGUCGUGACCGUUGAAGCUCUGGAGGCGCUGACAUCCAUCAUGAAAGAUCCAGAGCGGGAUCGUCCUCUCACUUCAUUAACUUAAUUUACAAUAAAAUAAUGAUUUUUUCCAAUUGUACAUUUACGACAGCGGAAUAAUUGUUGCUUAAAGGAAUAGUUCACCCAAAAAUUAAAAUUCUGUCUUUAUUAUCUCUCAUGUCGUUUCAAACCCGUUUGACUUCCUUUUUAGAGUGGAACACAAAAGGGGAUGCUUAGCAGAAUGUCCAGGCUCAUUAUAUGAAAAAGAGUCACCAGAGUGUUCUUCAAAAAAAUCACCUUUUGUGUUCCAAAGAAGUAAGAAUGUCAUACAGGUUUUGAACAAUAUGAGGGUAAGAAAAUUAUGGCAAAAUUUUUAUUUUGGGGUGAACUAUUCCUUUAAAUUAUUUUAGAAACCAUUUAAUGUCUAGAUUUAACUAAACAAAAUUAAAUGUAGUGCAAGGGACAGUCUGUUUGGCUUUAAACGCUACAAACAGUAAUAACAUAUGGGAACAAAACAGUCAUUUAUGUAAACGCCAUCACAUGACUUUGAUACCGUACAGUGUGAAAUCACAUUCUAAUGUUUGACUUUAUAGCCUGCAGUGUUACGUUUGAUGGAGCGCUGAUGUUUAGACCCUUAAUAACUUUGCUUAAUGGAAAGCCUGUUACAGUUCAUUAGCCAGCGCUUUGGCAGGCGGCGAUAUUUUAUUGAAGGUGCGAAAUGAAAUUUAGCUGGAUUUAAUGCGAUUAAAUCAAGCUCUUUAAAAUGCUAAUGCACAUUUUCACACGUGUCCAGCUGUGCCACGCACGCAGACGCUCCCUCUGUUUCUGUGUUUGUGAUUUAAUGUGAAAUGAAUGCUUACUGUUAUCUGCACUGCUGAUAAUUUGAUACUUGAUAUAUCUUUAUAGGUCUGCAUGUGUUAAAAGGACAAAUCAGAUGAUUUAGUAUCUUUGUAUAGAUAUACAGUAGAUGCAUUAUAUUUGUAUGUUAAUCUUUGUAGACACUGCAAUAAGCAGACAUUUGUAAAUGUUUUGUAUUUAUGAAUAUUUCAGAGUUGUUAUU